AUGGCAGUUACUAUUGGUGUUUCAUUCGAUCUUUUGGGUUCUUUGAUCGCGGUUCACCCGUCUGCAGGUCAUCAAUAUGCCAUCGACAUGGUAAAAUUUCUGGAGAAAAAAGGUAUACGUGAGCCAAAUAUAAAUAUUGAGAUUUUAGAUGCAAACGCUUUUCGUGCUUUAAAGACAGAACUUACAAAUGAUCGUGCAAAGUGGGUUUCACAAGGAUUGGGUGAAGCUAAAAUGAUGCCAAUUGGGGGAACUACAGAGGAAUCUGUAUUGGAUUUCUGGUCUCGCGUUAUUCAUCGUUCAUUUGAUGACGAUGGGGCCUUCUGUAAUUAUGAUAAGAGAGUAAUGUCUGUUUUGCAAGAGUCAAGUAAUUCCCCUGAAUGGAAUGAAUUUUUAAAAAGUGUUUUUGAAAGAUUUGCAACACCGGAGCCAUACCGCUGGCUUCCUGAAGCACUUCCUACACUUUCUGCACUGGAAGAAUGGAGAGGACAUAAACAUUCCCGUGGGAUUAAGUGCACACCUCCAGCAAUAUUGACCAACGCCGAUUAUCGUUUUGUCUCUGUUGUAAAGGAGAUGGUGAAACAACAUAGUAAUAAACCUUUGAUUGGCUCUUUAUUCUCAGCUGAUAGGGUUGGUGUUGGUAAACCAUCUGCGCGAGGAAUUUCUUUGGCUUCUAAAGCCUCUGGAGUUACAUCGAUGAAACAUUGGAUUCAUGUUGGAGAUGGGGAAGAAGAUCGUUUGGCUGCAGAACGGGCUGGAUGUCAUUUCUUGCAUUGUUCACCCACAAAAGGCCCUGAAUGGGCACGGCUGCGAGGAAUGUUAGAGGAAGUAUGUGGUAGCGUGGAUAAACGAGUUUCUGUUGCUACCUGA